AUGGACAUUGACGAGUCACCACCGCCGCCGCCAGCGCGUCCCAUGUCGCGGUCGCGUUCUCGUUCUCGCUCCCCGGCGCCGACGCGCUCGCGCUCCCCCUCCCGCUCUCGCUCCCGCUCGCCUGCGCCUCGGCGGCGUCGCUACGGUUCGAGCUCGCUGUCCCGAUCACCGUCGAGGUUGCGAUAUCGCUCGCCUAGACGGGUUGGACGGCACAGAAGCCGUAGCCGGAGUCGGAGUCGGAGCAGGAGCUGGAGUAGGGGGAUCAGUGAUGGGCCGAAAGGCACAAAGAUCGUCGUGGAGCGACUGUCGAGGAAUAUCAACGAGGAUCACCUGUAUGAGAUCUUCGGCGCUUUCGGUCCCAUCGUGGACCUUGAUCUUCCCCUGAGCCGAAAUCUCGGCACCAACCGUGGCACAGCCUACAUUCUCUACGGCGACGAGGCCGAUGCUGAAGAUGCCAUAGCUCACAUGCACGAGGCGCAGGUCGACGGCGCGACCAUCAACGUGUCCAUCGUGCUGCCGAGGAGGAAGCUAUCGCCGCCACCGCCCAUGGCCCGUCGCGGCGCCAACAUCGAUCCUCGUGUCCCGCUGAGCGGCGGCGGCGGCGGUGGUGGUGGUGGCGGCGGCGGUGGACGUACAGGACGCAGGGCAGGUGGGGGUCGAGGUGGUCCGCCUAUCGGUCCUCGUGGUGGUGGUGGUGGUGGUGGU